GAGAGAGAGAGAGAGAGAGAGAGAGAGAGAGAGAGAGAGAGAGAGAGAUGGUGGGCUCAGGAGCAUCAGAUAGGAGCAAAGAAGCAGUUGGGAUGAUGGCCCUUCAUGAAGCCCUCAGAAGCGUUUGUCUCAACUCAUCAGACUGGACUUACUCAGUCUUCUGGACCAUUCGUCCUCGCCCGAGACUUCGCGGUGGGAAUGGUUGCAAGGUUGGAGAUGACAAUGGAAGCUUGAUGUUGAUGUGGGAAGAUGGGUUCUGCAGAGGGAGAGUUGCAGAGUGUUUGGAAGAGAUUGAUGGGGAAGACCCAGUGAGAAAGGCCUUCAGCAAGAUGUCCAUUCAGUUAUAUAAUUAUGGAGAAGGGUUAAUGGGGAAAGUUGCAUCUGAUAAGUGUCAUAAAUGGGUUUUCAAGGAACCUACAGAAUGUGAACCAAACAUAUCCAACUACUGGCAGAGUUCAUUUGAUGCCCUUCCCUUAGAGUGGACAGAUCAGUUCGAGUCAGGCAUCCAGACUAUUGCUGUAAUUCAAGCUGGACAUGGCCUUUUGCAAUUGGGGUCUUGCAAGAUUAUACCAGAAGAUCUCCAUUUUGUGCUGAGAAUGAGACAUACUUUUGAGUCUCUUGGCUAUCAAUCUGGCUUCUAUCUCUCCCAGCUUUUUUCUUCAACGCGGAGCACUUCACCCUCCUCCACACUUCCUUUGAAGCAACCUUCCAUUUCAAUCAUCCGGCCCCCUCCCCCACUUUUCAACUGGGGUCCCAGGCCUAUGCCUUCUCCAAACUAUCAUCACAACUCAUCGGUCAGGCUUGGAUUUCCUCAUGCAUCUGAAGAAGAAGAAGAAGAAGCUCGAAUGGGAGAUCAUCACGAAGCUGAUGAAAUCAAAUGGCCUAACGGGUUGAGUUUCUUCAAUGCUCUCACGGGUAGAGCUGAUGAUUCCAGCCUUUUAUUUAAUCCGGAUACCUUAGGGAACAAGAUGGACCAAAACCAUCACACUCUCAACCUUCAAGUAAACACUACUACUUCAAAUCCAUAUUCAGAUGCGGCUUCAAGUUUGCACACCAAUGGCGAGGCUAAUCCUAAUGAAUUCUUGAGCUUGGACAGCCACCACCCAGAUAGCUAGCUUUCGCAAAAUGGAAAACAAGUUCAAGAGAAGCUUUACGCUGCCUGCUAGAAUGGCUUCGUCGUCUUCUUCAACUUCACUCGAGCAACAUCAAAACAAUCCCGGGG